AUGUCGGGCUCCAUCAAAGAGAUUGCGGAGUCCUCACAACAUGAAGACGCCACUCCAUCGAGUCCGAAAGGUUGGGUGGAGUCUAUCUCCUACGGGCCGGGGGGAAUGCAUGGCAUCAUUUCCAACACCUACGUCUUUGGAGCAGCUUUUCUGGCAUCGCUUGGGGAUUUCUCGUUUGGAUACGAUCAGGGCGUGAAAUCCAUCACCAAUGUCAUGAGCACCUUCCACCAGGCAUUCCCACAAGCCACGACAGCAUUCGGAACCUCGUUCAUGACGUCGAUACUCUUGCUUGGUGCAUUCAUCGGGUGCCUUCUAUGCCCUGUCUUUACCGCUGCCCAGACUUACGGCGCCUUGGUGGCGGGUAGAGCAAUUGGAGAAAUUGGUGUGGGCACCCUAGCUAUGACGGCGCCCCUGUAUAUCUCUGAGAUCUCCCCACCCGAGCUUCGCGGUGCUUUCCUUGUGCUUGAGUCAGUCUCAACUGUGGCAGGUGUUGUUAUUGCCUUCUGGAUUACCUAUGGUACCCAGUAUAUCACUAACGAAGCGUCCUUUCGACUUCCCUUUGCUUUGCAGAUGGUAUCGUCAACCCUGCUAGGUAUUGGGAUUCACUUCUUCCCGUCCUCGCCCCGCUGGCUCGCACUCGUUAAUCGCUGCGACGAGUGCCUAGCUAGCUUGGGGAAGCUGCGCAAACUUCCGUCUGCCGACGAGAGGGUUCAGGCCGAGUACAAGGGAAUCAUUACCGAAGUCGAGUUCCAGCGACUUAUUCGGGAGAAGACACAUUCUGGGGUCACGGGCAUCCAACUAGAGAUUCAUUCUUGGCUUGAUCGAUUUCGGCGUCGCAACUGGCACCGCACUGCCGUCGGUUGUGGGGUAUUAUUUUUCCAGCAGUUCUCGGGAAUCAACGCUUUUAUCUACUACGCGCCGACGCUCUUUGAAAGCUUAGGCCAGUCGGGCCACAUGGCCUUGAUCAUGUCCGGCAUUUUCAAUGUUUUGCAAUUGGUCGCAGUUCUCGUCUGCUUUGUCAUCAUUGACAGAGUUGGGCGCCGGCGGCUGGCAAUUUUCGGCGCUGUUGGAAACACAGUCCGUUACAUUGUGAUUACAGUCUUGGCUGGUCUGUUUUCCACCGACUGGCAUGCUCACCAAGGUCCUGGCUGGGCGACUGUGGCGAUGGCAUUUUGCUUUAUCCUCGUCUAUGGAGUGUCGAGAGUCGCGUUAUCAGUGUGUGUGAAUUGGUUGUCCAAAUUCAUUGUCGCUAUAGCCAUUCCCCCAAUGAUGGCAUCCAGAGGAUACCAGACCUAUAUUUUCUUUACGUUGGUGUGUUUCUUGGCUGUCAUUUGGGCGAUGCUGUUGGUCCCAGAGACUAAAGGAAAGACCUUGGAGAAGAUAGAUGUUGUGUUUGGUGACGUCCAAGGACAGAAGGAGCGAGCCAUCAUGCGUGAAGCGAUGGUUGCAGUUGGCCAAGAAACCGUGUAG